AUGGACCUACAAUUACGGAUGUUGCCUCAUCUUCUCCUGCAUCAGGUUUUCGCCAGUACGGAGUUCAUGGACACUGCAGUAUCAUAUUCAGCAGGACAUGUUGUCCUUUCAUACGUGACCUGUCUACUAGGAUGCGUCACCACAUUGGAAUUAUUGCAGCGACGAACCUCAACUCGAGGGCUCUACAACUGGUUCCUGCUCGGAGCUGCAGCAGUGACCAUGGGAGCCAUCUCCAUCUGGGGCAUGCACUUUGUCGCCAACGGAGCGAUCAUCCUCGACCAUGGAGCGCCAAACCGCCAACUUGUGUACAAGCCAACCAUAACCGCCAUUUCCUUCUUCGUUCCCAUCAUAGUCCUCAUGAUUGCCUUCUACCUGCUUGGCUUACCGGCCAGAGCUCGCCAAAUUCAUGUUGCCCUUGCGGGAAUCCUCACCGGAGCAGCAGUCUGUGGCAUGCAUUCUCUAGGGCAAUAUGGCGUGGACAAUUACACUUGUUCAUAUAAGGUGAAGAACCUGGUAGGGUCAGCUAUAAUCUCCAUUGUGGCCAGUGUGAUUGCGCUGGGAGUGUUCUUCCGCAUGCGGGACACCUGGACGGACAGUUGGUGGAAAAGAGUAAUAUGUGGUGCCAUACUUGCGGCUGCUGUUUCCGGUAUGCAUUGGACCGCUGCAGUAGGGACGAAGUACCGCUGGAAAAAGGGCAAGACAGGCCACGGCCAUCUGAGGACCGAAACCACUGCUGUUGCUUCUGCUCUGUCGAUGGCCGCCUGUAUUGUCCUUCUUGCUGCGGCAUUUAUUCGAGGUCGCCGCAUGCGAGUCGCCAGAAUCAAAGCGCAACGCUUGGUUCUAGCUUGCGCCUAUUUUGACGAAGAUGGCAAGCUGAUGGUUACCGAGGAAGGAAUUUUGCCCAGCGAAAAAAUCACCAACCAUUACUUGGAAAAGAAUUUCGGGGAGGAUGAACUCAACAGGGCUCAUGCCACGUUUCUCUGGGUCUUCAAGGCAUCCCGCAACUGGGCUUUCAUGGAGCAGUUCAUUCCUGGCAUGACAGAGUACAUCAAGUCUGACCCAGCAGCCAAAAGGUAUCGACCCGGUGGCAUGUCUUCUGCACCACAUGGUGAUUGGACCGAUGUGUCGCUCAAUUUUGCUCCUGUUUUCAAGCAGCUAUUUUGUAUGGCGGCCCAACGGUUAGCAGACCAUAUUCACGAACCUCUGGGGAGGCUCGGGACGCUUUUUGAGGAGCCGUUGGACACUGGCACCGUAUUCGUUUGCACACCAAGCCGGACGGCGCUACCAGCUGUAUCACCGAAUGCUACGAAUAGCCCGGACCUCGAAAGCGGCAACUGCAUCGCACGUGGCAAGUACCUGUUUCUCACCCGCCAGCUGAACCGUGAUGAAGCAACCAACUUUGGGGCUCUUGGGUAUCGAUUCGCAGCUGUGGCACGAAUUGCGGAACCUAUGGCCAAGCGAAUGCAGAUCAACCGCGACAACUUGGUGGCUCGGAUGGGACGAAUGCAGCUAAGUGCCUCAUUAGGGGAUCUACCGCUGCCGGGAGUUCAUCUGGGCUGUUUCAUGCUCCGGCCAAGCAUACACAAGAGCUUCGACGUCUUGGUGCCAGAGUCGAUGCAGGCUCAAUUACCUCAUGUCCUUGUUCAACCGGGCGGCUUGACCAUGGAACAAUCUCACCAGCUUACAUCGCUUUUGGACGAGUUGACUGUGGGAGAUGUACUGGAAAUUCUUCUUGACCAGACAAAAGAGACCAAGUUGGAUGAGCCGACACGGUCACGGCUACAUGAAGCCAUUGUGAAGCUCGCAGACGUCGUUGGGGACUCGAAUGGUUUGAUGCAAGCAAAGUUCUCUGCGCGGCCAUUGGAGGUACCUUGCCAGUCAGACACUAACUUCAGCUCGACCUCAACCUGUACCUUUUUGAUAGUCAGGCUGAUAAGGGAUGUGCACACGUCGAGCGCAACUGAAGCCCUGGCUUACGUGCCGCUUGUGUCGUUUAUCGUCCAGCAACAGUACCAAACAGCGGGCUGGCGUGACGAACAGUUUUUGCAAGCGGUCAAAUGUGAAUUUGGUCAUCUUUUGCUUGAUAGCUGCAAGAGAAAGCGAUACAGUCUUAUCCGUCUUGGGCGGAUGUCUACGUCAGCAGGCACCAGACUUGGUAGCAGAAGAACCCUCCCACCGAGAAGAUGCAAAGACAUCAUAGGAAGACUUUACUCAAGCCGUGGCUAUGACACGUCAGGCACCCUUCCAAGUCCAGCGGCCAAACCUGACCGGGUGGAUUCUGAACUUACGACAAUUACGACAAUUACGGUGGCCGAGGGCGGAAGACCAUUCGACAGCCCAAGUUUGAUGGCACAGAUGAAUCGCCGUUCAUCUACGGGUGGAACUUUUGGAGCAGGCUGUUGGGUCACGGAGCUUGUGAGUCUUUUCCAGCUGAGCACAGAAGGCUAG